CGAGGCAGGGAGGAGGCGGGAGCGGAGGCGGAGGCAGAGGCGGAGGCGCUUUGAAAGCUGUCCCUCCAUUUUGGAGGCCUGAACACCCACUUCCUGUAUCUGGAGAACGAGUCCCACCACCAGAGAGCCAGCAGUUAUUGUGUAGCCCUGAACGGGGAAUCAGGAGACACGGUUUCUAAUCCCUGCUCUGUCACUAGCAAGCUUUGUGAUCUUUGAAGCUUAAGUGAAAAUGGUACCUGUUAGAAGGCAUGAAACACGAAAAAACUCUAAAGCCCAAGUACCUGAGCAAAAAUCUCGAGUUGAUUGGCGUCGGACUAAAAGAAGUAUCUCACAGUUGUUUGAUAGUGAUGAGGAGCUUGAUAGUAAUGAGGAACUUGACAGCGAUGAAGAGCAUGAUAGUGGGGAAAGUAUUGACAGUGAUGAAGAGCUUGAUAUUAGCAAGAAGUCUGGUAUUAAUGAACUUCCAGAAAAGGAAACAGAACUUAAAUUAAUCAAAGUCGAAAGUCAGGGAAGCAGCAGUAAAUAUCCUAACACCAGCAGUAGUUCAUCAGAUGAAGAAAAAAUCAAGAAAACCAAACAUAAUGUCUUAUCAGAUGAUGAAGCUUACCCAGGUCAAGCAGAGGGUCAUCACAACAGACACACUGGACAAAUCCUAGAGGAGGAUAUGGAGGAUGAAUACAUCAAGCCUGGAAAAAGAAAAAGGCUGUCUUCUGUGAUGUAUGACAGUGAUGAAAGUGAUGGCAGUGAUAUCCUAGUUAGAAAAACAAGUGCUAAACACCCACGCAGGGUGGUAGAGGAUGAAAGUUCUUCAUUGGAAAUGCAGCAAGAAACUCCUGAGAAAUCAGCAGCUGCUCGAAAGCGAGAAUACCACCAGAAGCUACAGGAACUCUCCGAAAGAUCACGCCAGAGACAGAGAUGCAGUAGUGGUAGAUAUUUUGAGGACUCUGAAAGGGAUUCUUGUUCCAGCACUGAUGAUGAAGAUGAAGAUGAGGAUGAGGAUGAUGAAAAUGGAGAUGAUUACAUGAUUGAUGAUUUUGUAGUGCAAGAUGGGGAAGACGAUGAAGAGAAUAAAAAUCAGCAAGGAGAAAAUCUGACUAUAUCACAGCUGAAAUUAGUAAAACAGAAUUCUCUUUAUUCUUUUAGUGACCAUUAUACUCACUUCGAAAGAGUUGUGAAGGCUCUUCUGAUCAAUGCUUUUGAUGGAAAAUUUCUGAAAACUUUGUAUGAAGGCACCAGGAAGAAAUCCUAUGCACAAGAUAUGUUGACAUCUCUUCAUUAUUUGGAUGAUCGUUUUAUUCAACCCCGUCUAGAGAGUUUAGUCCCUAGAAGUCGAUGGAAAGAGCAAUAUAAGGAGCGGGUUGAAAGCUACUCUCAGGUAAACAUCUAUUCAAAGAGCCCCGAGGACUGUGGAUGCCAGGCUUGCGGGCUGCAUCGCCACUGUAAAUUCUCAGUGCAUCUCUCGGGAAACUUAUACAACAACAGGACAAUGGAAAGAGAUGACUUCAUGUUAGAUGACAAGCAGGUAUAUAUUGUUGGCAGAAUUUGUGCUGAACGCACCAGAAUUUAUCAUAACCUAAAGCAUUUUAAAUUCAAACUAUACCAGGACGUUUGCUCCCUUGCAACAGCAGAAGAAGUUGGAGAUGAACAGGUUAAAGAUACAGUAAACAGAGUCUUCAGUAAUUCACAAAACAGUGGCUGGAUUAGAGAGAAAUAUGAUCAACUGCAGCACUAUCUCAAUUCUGCAGAUUAUUUUCAAGAUGAGAAGUUUGAAUUAUAGCAUGCUUCCUUCAGAGAAGAUUUUAUAAAUUUCUGUAAAUGUGAAGAUUAUGAAUUUUGUUUCUCUGUGUUAUGUAUCAUUGGUUGUAUAUUCUAUGUAUGUCUUUGUGGCAAACUAUCUUGUGUAUAUGCUCAUCUGAUUUUCGUGAAAUGCCACUCUGAAGCCUAGUAACAGUUUCAUAGAUUUACAUGGAGAACAUCAGUUUUGUGGUUCAAAAGUCCCCCCGUGUAUUUUCAUCAUGUGGUGAUGCUUUCCUCACACAUAGUUAGCAGGUGAAUGUGCUAUCGUGUCCUAUCAGUUCAGUAGAAAUAGGCUGCGUUACAGUAUAUUUGGACUGACCCGAAGAUGGCUCAGACAGUGUAGUACUUGCCUUAUGAACACAAGGACCUGAGUUCAGUCCCCCAAACCAUACUUAAAACAAAAGCCAGACAUGAUGGAAUGUACUCAUAAUCCCCACACUGGGAGGCAAAGAUGAAGCAGUUCCCUGAGACUUGUUGGCCAGACAUGCAGCCUACUCAUCAGUGAGAGACCCUGUCUCAAAAACCAAGACUGUGUGGUGCUCGUAAAUGACACCCAAGGCUAUCCUCUGAGCUCAUCAUGCAUACAGGCGCAAAUGUUCAUGUGCCCACACAUUUGUACAGCCACACGUGUACCCUCACAUCCACAGUAUAUCUGCAUGUGUAUAUACAUACAUAUUGAGACUCAUACCUAUAUGUAUGUAUUAUUCUUGUACCCCUUGGCAAUAUUAAGUAAUCUUCGGAAAUAAAUGUCUAGUUAAUGUUUCCUCAAUCAGUGAGUCAUGGAAGAAGCUUCAGACUACCAUGCAUUCAAUAUCCUAGCCUCAGAAUGAGACCACAGUUUGUCUAUUCCAGGCUAGAAAUGUUUCCUUCUGCUAAACUUUCCCUAAUGAAGAGAGGGAUCAUCCCAGGGUCUUUCAAUUCUCAUGUUCAGAAAGAACUUCUUGAUAUAUAUUUUUUAAUUCUGUAUAAUGUUCUUUCUUGUUUCUGUACAAUUUUAUCUGCAGUAUAUUAAAGAUUAAAAUGUAGUAUGAUUUUUAACCAUAACUUUCUCUAUGCGUGUGUGUAUAUAUGUAUGUAUAUGUUUUAAUAUGAAGAUCUUGCAGGCAAGUUCAACCAAAAAUACUUUGAAGGCUUAUUUUUGUGCCUCCAUUACUUUGCACAUCCUAAUUUUUCCAUAAUGCAAUAAAGUAAAUGGUUUCAGAGUCUAA